AUGGCCCUGGAAACAUGCCCGCCGCUGAAAAUUGUCAAUGGGAUCAACUUCACCACGCGGGCGUAUUGGAUGCGCCAGGCCAACCUGGCUCUGCCCAGCCCAUGCCCGUUCGCGGCCUUUGGCUCAGUGAUCGUAAACCACACUACGGGCGGCUUGGGGAAGCUGGUCUGCACCGGCGCAAACAACAAUGCUGGCACAGGCAACCCGACUCUGCAUGCAGGGGAGAUGGCUGCCAUCGACAAUUGCUCGGCAAUCUUUGUAGAUCCCCAGGGUCCAUACCGGAUGACGCCGGCCCAGGCCCUUGCCGCCUUUGCCAACCUGACCAUCUACACCAACGCCGAGAGCUGCCCCAUGUGCGCGUCGGCGGUACGCUGGGCAGGCUUCAGGGAAUACGUCUUCGGCACGAGCAUCGAGACGCUCACGGAGGAGGGAUGGGGUCAGAUCCAAAUCACGUCUAGGGACGUCUUCCGGCAGUCCUCGGGCUUACCCCGCCGAACAAGGUUGCUUGGUCCGGUCUUGACGAACGAGACGGAUCCCUUCUUCAGUUGGCAGUUUAAUGCGGGUGCGCCCUGCCCGCAGGGCUGUUCUCGGGGCGGAAGUGCAGGCGGUUGCGUUCCUGCAUAA